AUGGGCAAGAAAGACUACAAAGGAACCAUCCUUGAUGGAAGAGACUCCUUUGACAGCUGGAAGAUGGAUCUUGAAGAUAACUUGUUGAGUGACGAUCUUAUGAGCUGCGUCACCGGUAAGGCAACAGCGGAAUCGUCCGAUUUAUCAACGCCAGGAGAGAAUGCUGCGGACAUUAAAAAUGUCUCUCUCGCGAGAAUGAAAAUACGACAGAGUAUUGACCAGAUCCACAAGAACUCAGUCAACCAUCUCACCGAUCCACGAGCAAUUUAUCAGUCCCUCGUUAAGCGAUAUGCGACAUCGAACAAAGCGCGCCUUCGACAGCUGAUCCGAAUGCUAUACGACGUUAGUACGCAGACGAAUAGAACUGUGCAGGAGAAGGUCGACGACCUAAAGCGACUUCGAGCUCAGAUUAAUAGCCAAGACAAGGACAUUAUCUUGAACGCCUCGACAGAGACGUUGACAAUGGAAAAGGUGCAGAGCUCUCUGGAAAGCAAAGAGUUGGAGCUCGUCGAUACGACAAUCAAGGGAGAAACCGCACAAUUCGCAGGUCGUGGCCGCAGUGCAUGGAACAAAGGGAACAACAGGUCCAAAGCACAGGAUGGUGGCGAUGAUAGCAAGGAGGAGGUGCUGUUUGGCCACAGACAUAAAAAGGUGUGGCGCUUGAGCCAGACAAGAGGGCACCGAGCCCAUACAAUCCAAGAAAAGGAUGGCGAUAACGGGGUAGCGCUGAAGUCAAUCCUGAAGAUGCCUGAAAGACUACUACAUGCUAGGCUGGGACACCCUGGAAAGCAUAUGGAGGGCAAACUGAACGCCGUAAUGGAUGAUCUCGGAGACAACUCAUUCUGCCCGUCAUUCUGCUCAAGCUGCACCGAGGCCAAAAUGACAAGAAAGGCUACCGGGCGAGUUUGGGUUUAUUUCUCUAGAGACAAAACGAGAAUUACCGACAAGAUCAAAGCCUGGGUAGUUGUUGCAGAGGCAGAGUGUCGCGAGUACGGAAAAGGCGAAAAGGUCAAGGCGAUGCGCUUUGAUCGCGGAAAGGAGUUUCUAAACGAGGCAAUGAGGAAGGUCCACGAGGUUCGAUUCGUGGAAUUCGAUGAGAGCAAGUAUAUGGACAAUGAAAUCAGCCAAGAAUCACAAUCGCAGGAUAGGACUACGGACCAGGAAGCUACAGAAGCUGGGGAUGCCGGAGAAGCAGCGGAUGGGAACCCGACCGACCAAGACACUGCAGAUUCGGAGGAAGAGCUCAAGGAGACACAAUCAUUAUCCCAGAUUCGACGAGAGGCCGUGGCACUCAAAAGAGCAGAGAAGCAGCGAGCAGAGCUGGAAUGGCGGCAAAGAGAAGAACAGCGCAUGGCAGAACGUCUGAAGAAGCGAGGGGAGAGUGGCAGGAAGGAAAGAGCCAUGGUAGCAAGGACGCUUCUCCAGCCUAAUACAGACCUGUACGACUUCGACCCGAAAAAGCUUACCUUCCGACAGGCGAUGAAAGGCAGUGAGAAGGAUCAAUGGGUAGGAGCUAUAGAUGAGGAAGUUCAGAAUCUCAUUCGACGACAGACAUUCUCGGAGGAAAUCAACGAAGUUGACGUGCACGGAGAAGAAGUAGUUGAUGCCAAGCUUGUGUUUGAUCACAAGAAAGACAAAGAAGGAAGAUACUACGGUAUAAAGCACGUCUAG